GCUGUUUGAACAGACAAGGUGAGGUCUCCUGUCGUGAUACGUGCUCGGGCAAAGAACGGGCUCCAGUGGAAUAUUUCACCUCCCUACGCUGAAGGACUCAUCUCGCUUUGGAAAUAGAGGACUUCGACUUGAACUGAAACCACAAUGGAGAUAACGACCGAGGCCACAAAAAUCCUGGAGAAGGGUCCCGAUUACCUCCGAAAGCAAAUGGAGCUGGAGGGCGAGACAAAAGGACACAUGAGUGCAGUGGAGAGGCUCGCUGCGAGCAAGCAAAAAUACGUCAAAAGCGAAAUGGUGGCCAACUCCACUCAGGAGCCGGUGAUCAGUCUCGGAUCUGCGUCUGUGAGCAGCGCCGGAUCUUCUACCAGGAGCUCGAGACGUGGCGGCAGUCUCGCUCAACCAUGUGCGACAGAGAAGAGCUCACCGGGGCAGGUACGCCGCUCCAGCUCCAAGAAACGGCCGGACUCCCUUCUGCUUUACAGACAGAAAUGUGAGUUGCUGAGAGGGUCCGCACGUGGCCGGAAACUCCACGCCGCCCGAAGGUUGCAGCGGAGCUCGGCAAAGAAAAAUAACCCGUUACCUGAGGCCACUGAUGGGGAGAGCGAGUCGGAGGAAAACAAGGGAGAGAAAAGCACGCCCGAGGAAACACAGAAGGAAUGCAGCUCACACGUAGCGGCCGAUCAAUCGGAGACAAACACAAACCGAGCGGGAGAACAACACAGCACCAAAGGCAAUGACGCUGAGGCUAAAGCUGGAGAUGCUCCUGACUGUCUGCUCAAAGUCCCCGAGACUCCGAGGAGGCCGGGCAAAGGGGUCAGUCGUUCCAAAUCGGACAUCAGCUCCAGGUACUCCAAAAACUUUGCGGACUUCGACUCUUUCUUCAAGUACUGCGGCCUGGACGGCGAGGUCAUUCGGUCUCUGGGGAAGGAGAACUUCUCCGCUCGCUCGGAUGAGAUCGCAAUAAACAUUCGGAGCGUCAGUGUCUCCACGUCCGACGACGGCUUCUCGCGGCACAGCAGCGACAGCGACGGGCUGCUGGAGAACGAGCUGCACAAGAAGAAGCGCCAGGGCACAUCGGUGAUUGAGCGAAACGCACGGAUUAUCAAGUGGCUGUACAGCUGCAAAAACGCAAAAGAGACGGGAAAGAAGUUACGAGAUCUGGAAUGAUUUCACUUUUUCUUAGACUGUCUAAAAGGUCAACAAUCUUUUCUUCUAUACACAAGAUGCUCUUUGAGUAAAGCAACAGAAGUUAUCUCUUGCUUUUGGUCAUGAAAAACACCGACUUUGAGCGUCACAUGAGGCUACAUGUGGAUAAAGGUUCCUAAUGCUGUAUGUGUGUGUGUGUGUGUGUGUGUGUGUGUGUGUGUGUGUGUGUGUGUGUGUGUGUGUGUGUGUGUGUGUGUGUGUGUGUGUCUGCUUCAGCUGACAUCUCAGUGAAAAUGAAGAUCUAACAUGUUUGUGUCUGUUCAAACUUGCUUGGAGACCACAUGGCAUGUGCUCUGUGUUAUGCUGAAAUCACACACAACUACGCCUACACACACACACACACACACACACACACACACACACACACACACGCACACACACACGCACGCACACACGCACGCACACAGCACUAAGGUACAAAAAUGUUACUUUAAAGCACACUUUUUAUUUUCAAGUCUGAUGUUUCAUUUUACUUUACCAAAAUGUGCAUUUCAAAACCAUGGAGCAAGUUGCAUUUCAGAUUGUAAAUAAUUAAAUCUGUAUUUAUACUUGAAGAUAAGACACACAACGGAACAAGAAAAGCUGCUUGCACAAUCAAAACGUAAAGACAUUUAACAUAUCUUAUUAUGUUGCAGCUUUUUUAUAAUUGAGUAUCAACCUAGUCAAUGUGCAUUAAGUGAAGUUCUGCAGUGCAGUGUGUGAUGAGAAUGUAUUACAUUUCUAAAGUGGUUCUACUCACCAGAUGGCAGAACUAUAAAUACGGGCAAAUAGUAUGAACCCUUUCUAAAUAUAUAGUGUUUAAAAUCUGGAUCAGAGUUUUGAUUAAUAUUUUCAUUAAUAGAAAGAGAGCUAUGGUAUAUAUUUUUUUAACUUCUUUUCCAGUGAAAUAACAUUACAUUGUACUUUACUGAUAGCACAAUUUACAAUAUUUGAUUAAAAAAGGGCCCUUAAGGCUAGAGCCUUGUUUCAUAAUCUGAUUUGCGGCUUCCUAUUUUCUCAUUCAAACACAAAGUAAGUGAUAUUUUUAAACAAAUCAGCCAGAAAGAGGAAUGUGUACCUCACGUGCUGUUGGUACGAAUUAUUCACUAUGAUCACAGUGAAAGUGAGAAACUAAUAAGCUGAAGAAAGUGUUUGUUUUGUUGUUGUUGGUGUUGAUGUUUUAGUAAUGUGCCUCGAAAAGAUCUGACAGGAUUAUAUCCAGUGACCCAUAGUGCCUGGACUCCACCUCCAUCCCAGUUUGUUGUGUCGCCGCACCACUGUUUUGCUCUUUCUGCACCUACUCUGCAAAGUUCACAUGCUGCUAUUCUAAAAAUGAGAAUGGAAGACUUUUGCUCUAUUGCAUCUAACGUAAGAGGGCUGGACAAUCCAGGCUCAACGUUGGAGAAACCCAGACAUUGAUGCAAAGGAAUAAGAGAAAACUUAUGCACACACAGGGAGAAGAUAGAAACUCCACGCAGAAAAAAAUCAAACCAAGAACAUUCUCACUGUGGAACCAGCAAAAAUGAUAAUAGAUUGUUUUUGUUUUACAGUAAAACCACUGAUUUUCUCUUAUACGAGCAAAAAUGGAAAACAAUUAUUUAUACCAGAUUAGAUUAAGACUCAGAUUCCGUGGACACUCCUUUUUCUUUUGUUAAUGCUUGACUGACUGCUCGCCUCCAAGACAAGCCUCAUCCUGCCCUCUGCAUCUAUUUGUUAUCGACUUUCAGUUACUUGUUAAUAUGCUGCUGAUACAGAGAAUUGUUUCUUUUUUGCCUAAUUUAAUGGUUAACCUUACAGAAAUUAAAUACAAGUAUAUAUAUAUAUUAUACAUGUACAUAUUUGCUACAGAAUUGUGUUUUUUAUUCAAAGUUAUUUUAUAUAAAGUAGAUAAACUUCAUAAUGAAAUGUGACUGCAGUCUGUCUAAGCCCAGGGUAUUGCUCUUACUGAUUCUGUUUUGAUACUGCUUAUAUGUACACGAAUAAAGUUGGCAUUAUGUUUAUAAGAACAACAUAUUUUAUAAAAGCUGAGUGAGGCGAUG